UAGAUAAGUUUAGUUUAGGUUAGUUUAGACUAGUUUAGUACGGACUCAUUCUUCAUCAUGAUUCGUUCACUCAUCCCCCUCUCCAUCCUUAUCAUCUAUACUCAGGCUGAGUGUCCCUUCAGUUCCUCUGCCUGUCCAGUAGACCUGGAUAAUGUUGUAGACGUUUUCUAUUUUGAUAUCCUAGAUACUUCCAGCUGUCAGCAUCAGUGCCAGCGUAUCAGUUCCUGUUCACACUUCACGAUGCUGACUUCUGCGGAUAACAAGCAUAACAAGUGUUUCCUGUUCAAAUCUUGUGAUAACCAGGAAAACUGUGAUGACUGUGUUUCAGGAGCUGAGGAGCCGCCAUUUUAUGAAUGCCGCGAAACUGGUUUAUCUUCUCAGUACAAGCCACGUGCAGAGAGACAUGAGGAUAACGCACCCUACACAUGUACUACUGAUGUUGUUAAUGUUGUUGAUGUUUACUAUUUUGACCAGGAUGAUGACGUCAGCUGUCCACAUCAGUGCGGAGCUCUACCUGAAUGCAACUACUGGAGUCAGCUGGUAGUAUCAGAUCCUGUACACCCACACAACAAGUGCUUUCUAUUUAACAGCUGUGAUACACAGGAGGCAUGUACAAACUGUGUGACAGGCAGCGCGUGAGCACUCGGCAUUGCACAGGCGUAGAUCUUAUAAAAAUGUGCUGUCUGUGCUGUUGAAAUUAGGUUAAGGAUACUGAUGUAGCAUAUAUUUAUUUGCAUGGAAUAUAAUUUAAGAAUAAAACUAUUUUAAAUAUUUA